AUGGAGGAGCUGCAUGAGGCUCACCCUGGGGCAUUGCGAAUGAAAGCUGUAGCGCGUGCCUACAUGUGGUGGCCUGGGCUGGAUGUGGCCCUAGAAGAUUUAGUGAAGUCCUGCACAGCUUGCCAGCAAAUCAGGAACGCCCCUCCAGUGGCGCCCAUGUGUCCAUGGGAGUGGCCUGGCAAGCCUUGGACACGCCUACACAUUGAUUAUGCUGGCCCCUUUUUAGGUGAAAUGUUCCUGGUGCUGGUCGACUCUCACUCCAAGUGGUUGGAAGUGUUUCCAGUGAAAUCCGCCACUUCAACAGCUACCGUGGACCAUCUGCGUGAUGUGUUCAGUACACAUGGCCUCCCACACACUGUUGUGUCAGAUAAUGCCUCUGUCUUCACCAGCUCUGAAUUUGAGGAGUUUCUAAAGGUGAAUGGUGUUCGCCACCUGACCUUUGCCCCCUAUCACCCAUCCUCCAAUGGGCUGGUGGAGAGGGCAGUGCAGACACUAAAGAAAUCAUUGAAGAAGAUGGCAAGGGGGACACUAAGGGCAAGGCUUGCAAGAUUCCUGGCGACAUACCGGUUCACUCCGCAUGCCACCACCGGGCUGUCUCCAGAAGAGAUGCUGUUCGGUUGGCGUGUGUGCACCAGAUGGGAUCUGCUGCGACCGGAUGUACAAGCGAAGGUUCUCCGUGGUCAAGAGAUGAUGGUAGCCAACUCUAAAAGGAACGCAGUCAUUUGA